AUGAACUCGAUCGCCAACCAGUACACCCACGCUGCCACCAAUCUGAUUGGCAACGAGGUUGAGGCGGCCAGAAAGCAAUACUGCGACGGCCCUCUCAACCAAUUGGCGCCGCUGAUUGCCGUCCCCCCAAUCUCACAGCCCACUGAGUUCUUGAGAGCUCACACCGAUGACGCCACCAAUCCCGACUGCAAAAUCAAGAUUGCCCAUGGUACCACCACGUUGGCUUUCCGUUUCCAAGGGGGUAUUGUUGUUGCUGUUGAUUCCAGAGCUACCGCUGGUAACUGGGUGGCGUCACAAACGGUUAACAAGGUCAUUCGGAUUAAUCCCUUCCUUUUAGGUACCAUGGCUGGUGGUGCUGCUGAUUGUCAAUAUUGGGAAACCUGGUUGGGAGCUCAAUGUCGCUUGUACGAACUCAAAUCGAAGGAAAGAAUCUCCGUUGCCGCCGCUCUGAAGAUUUUGGGGAACUUGGUGUACAAUUACAAGGGCAUGGGUCUCAGUAUGGGUACCAUGGUUUGUGGCUACACCAAAAAGGAAGGCCCCACGAUUUACUACGUUGACUCCGAUGGUACUCGUUUGAAGGGUGAUCUUUUCUGCGUUGGGUCGGGGCAAACCUUCGCCUACGGGGUGUUGGACUCUGAGUACAAGUGGGAUUUGUCGGUUGAGGAUGCGUUGUACCUCGGUAAGCGGUCAAUUCUCGCCGCCACUCACCGUGAUGCCUACUCGGGUGGUUCUAUCAACUUGUACCAUGUGACUGAGAAUGGUUGGGUAUACCACGGCAACCACAAUGUCGGUGACAUUUUCUGGGAUAUCAAGGACAAAGAAAAGUCGUUCAAUAAUGUCGAAGGGCAAUGA